AUGCGCAGGGAGCUGGGAGGCAGGCGCCAUCCCGGGAGCCGCCGCCAGAGGGCGCGCGCGGCCGCCAGCAGGCGCAGCUUCCCGGGGAUGCGGGCGCGGGAAGAGCCGGCCCCGCCGCUUCUCACGGCUCCGACGGACUCCCGCCUCCUCACCUGGACCCAGGCUGCGGUGGGAGGGGUACCGGCCCCGGCGGUGCCAGCUCCAGCCCUUGGCAGCUGGAAGAUCUUCCUGAGUUUGCAGAAAAUCGGAAGGCUGGGGGUGGGCGGGCUGCAGGGGGCGCCGGAAGUGACCGCCGCCCCCGUGCCUCUGCCCCUCGACCCGCAGGAGGUGACCCAGGAGGUGUGUAAGGCUGUGCCCUUCACGCAGGUGCUGUCCCGGCCCGGCUGCUCCACCGCCCGCGUGCACAAUCGCAUCUGCUUUGGCCGUUGCGCCUCACUCUACGUGCCCGGCUCAGACCCCGCCUCGCUCGCCCUCUGCAAUGGCUGCGAACCCGCCCGCCAGCGGCGGGCACCCGUGGUGCUGUGGUGUCGAGGGGGCCGCGGCCGAGCGUUCCCGCGGCGAGUGAAGACGUCCACCGUGCUGAUCGACAGCUGUCGGUGCAGCCCCAAGGCUUGAAACCCACAACACCUUGGGGUGGUGGUGGGACCUGCAAUGACUGCGCGGGGGAGGGGAGGGAUGUCAAGAGACCAAGGGAUGCAGGGACACGCAGCCAUGUUCCCAGAGUGCACCCCCUCCCCUGCUCCCCUGGACACAGCCCCCAGCCCCAGCCGGCCGUGGGGUUGAACUGAGAAUAGUCUUAGCGCUGCUCACUGAGGGACAGGUGCUCAUUUGCAUAGCCCUCACAGCAGCCCAAUGAGAGAGGGUCUUUCUCUUGCCCCUUUGGUUGGCUCCGCCCCUCACCCAUCACAACUGCCUGGCUCUGGAUGGGUUACGCAGAGGGCCAGCUGGCUCUAGAUUUUGCAAGAUGUUCUCUUGGAAUCUAGGUUCUGGGUUCUAGAAGCUGCAUUCUAGUUCUUUUUAAUGAAUUCCUUGAAAGAGAGAGAGAAAGAAAGAGAACACUUCUGUCCACUGGUUCCCUCCCCCAAAUGCCUGCAACAGCCAGGGCUGGGUCAGCCGGAAGCCAGGAGCCUGGAACUUCCAUCCAGGUCUCCCACGUGGGUGCAGGGGCCCAAACACUUGAGCCAUCACCUGCUGCUCUCCCUGCGCAUGCGCGGGGAGCUGGCUUGGCCGCACUCCAAGGGGGGUGGGCAGAGGAGAGCUCCAGCCCAGACACAUUGACCCGGAAUGGGGGCACCCCCCGCUCCUGCCCAGAGGCAUCACAACUCCCGCCCCCUAGGCGGUGGCCAGGUUUAAC